GGAAGAAGCAUCUUAACUUAGUGUGUUAAAUGAGGCGGCAGCAGCCCAGCUGUUCCUCCCAGGAGCCCAUCUGGCCCUAAACAUAUAUAGAAGUUGGCGCACAAGAGCAGUAACGAGCGUGUAACGACAGCGCAGAGCAGUCGAGUCUCAAACUUCCGUUCCUAUCCGAGCCAAGGUUUUUCGUUCACCGCCCGACGAUGACGACCUCCGCAAUCGCGCGACCUGACCGCGCGCUCGUACGCGCGCGUGGGUGGGCGAGCGGGCGUCACGCUCUCGGAAGACGCAGUGUGUGCGCGCGUGGUCCCCGCGGCCGAGCUGCCGGAAGGAAAAAAAAGGCGGCGGCGGCGGCGGCGGCGUCGUCGUCGUCGUCCCGGUCACGUAACGCACGUCCUCGGGCGAGGAGGCGGGAAGUGUGAGUAACGAACGGAACGCCGCACGGACCGCCGCACGGACCGCGAGUACAAGUCGUGACAGCAGCUGUGUGGGGCGCCGAGCCGCCUCGUUGUUCUCCUCGCACCUCGCGGCUCUCAGUUCUCUGCUGCAGUUUUCAGUCUCGUUUUUCUUUCUUUCUUUGUCUGUUGGCGGCGGCGAACACACACGACGCGGUGAGCCCGCUCGCCCGCUCCCACCCAGCAGCUCCUCCAGCUGUGUACUGACUGACUGACUGACUGACACUGACACUGACAGCCAUGCCUUCCGCUCUGAAAGCGCUACUCCUGCUCGCCGUUUCCCCGCUCCUGGCGUCCCAGGUCCCGGGUUCGAGCUCUGCGGCGCACAGGUGCUUCUGUCAGGUAACGGGGCACAUAGACGACUGCACGUGUGACGUCGAGACCAUCGAUGCUUUUAACAACCAGAAACUGUUCCCCAAACUGCAGAAGUUACUGCAGUCGGAUUACUUCAGGUUUUAUAAGGUCAAUCUGAAUAAACCGUGCCCAUUUUGGACAGACCAGAGCCACUGCGGCCUGAGGGACUGUGCUGUAAAACCGUGCGAGCCGGAUGACGUACCAGAAGGAAUCCGAGCGGACGGCCUUAGGCACUCGGAAGCACCGGGUACCGACCUGCAGGAGUGCGACGAAGCCGAGAAACUGGGAGCUGUGGACAGUUCGCUCAGCGAAGACACUCGCCGAGCUAUACUGGAGUGGAGCAGACACGACGACGAGGAGGAACGCUUCUGUGUGGCUGAUGAUGAGGAGUCUCCUGAUUCCCAGCAUGUGGAUCUCCUGCUGAACCCAGAGAGGUUCACUGGAUAUAAGGGGCCUGAGGCCUGGAAGAUUUGGAACAGCAUCUAUGAGGAGAACUGCUUCAAACCUUAUACUGUGAAACGGCCAUUAAAUCCAAUGGUUUCAUACACAAGUAAGUGGACUAAAACAUUUUCCGACCAAAAAGCAUUUUACAGAUGGCUGGAAGGGCUGUGUGUGGAGAAGAGAGCUUUCUACAGGCUUGUGUCGGGCCUUCACACCAGCAUUAAUGUCCACCUAAGUGCCAGAUACUUGUUGGCAGAUAACUGGUAUGAGAAAAAGUGGGGCCGCAACGUCUCCGAGUUCCAGCAGCGCUUCGACGCGAAUUUAACCGAAGGCGAAGGGCCAAAGCGACUGCGCAAUCUCUACUUCCUGUACCUCAUUGAGCUCCGCGCGCUUGCCAAGGUUCUCCCUUUCUUCGAGCAGCCCGCUUUCCAGCUAUACACAGGCCAGCCUGAGUACGACAAAGACGUUAAAAGUGCACUCCUAGAGGUCCUCCGCCUGGCCAGGUCUUUCCCGCUGCACUUUGAUGAGACGUCUCUCUUUGCUGGCGAUAAAAGCGAAGCUGCUGAGCUGAAGGAGGACUUCAAGAAAACCUUCCGGAACAUAUCCAGGAUCAUGGACUGUGUGGGCUGCUUCAAGUGCAGGCUGUGGGGAAAGCUACAGACGCAAGGUCUGGGUACAGCGUUGAAGAUCAUGUUUUCUGAGCGUCAGAUCGAGGCCCUGCCCAAGUCCACCGGCUCCAAGCCCGGCUUUCAGCUGACCCGUCAGGAAAUUGUUGCACUCUUUAAUGCUUUUGGCAGAAUCUCAACAAGCGUCAGAGAACUUGAGAACUUCCGGUCGAUGUUGCAGGAGGUUCCUUGAGAAGGGCUGUGACGCACUCUUCAGACGGCGAAAGAUUCCGGUUGCAGUAAAGAACCUGGUGACGAUGUGGGUUCAACAGCGGAAUGAAAGUGGUGAUUCACAAUUAGUAAAUAAUAUAUCUUUCUCCUGAUUGGAUUUUUGUUUAUAAUCUUUGUAGUGUCUCCCUCCUAUGAGCUUCAUUUCUGACAGGACUUGUGGAAAGAAGCGUACUCUUAACUGGCAGCUCGGCGGGACCCGGCUUUGUUGCCUUUUUGCUCCGAACCGCAUCCAUUUCAAUGUGCUGAGUGUUCUUUUUUCGGAUUGUCUGGGCACCGAACCACUAAAAACACAUCAUAAAUGGAUGGCUUGAGGAAGAAUUUGGCCAUUCUGCAUUUGACUUUACCUUCUGUAAAUGCAUUUCUUAUUUUACAAGUGUUAAAGCACAUGCUUUGAAAUGGUACCUAAACCCAAAAUCCAUGAUGUUUCUUUGCAGUUGUUCCCUUAAAGAAAACAAUAACCUGAAUCUGUACAGUAAAUAGUCACGUUAAAAUAUGUAACAUGCCAAUUUGGGUAUGAGCAAUAAUAAAAAGUUGCAUUUUACAGACAAUCCUGGUUAAAAUCUUGCAAGGAGACCAAAGGGCAUGUGGAACUGGAAAAUAUUUGCCCUUAAAUGAAAUGAACACUGAUUUUUCGCAUUGCAUUUUGUCUGCGUUACAUGUGAAAUAUUGUACUCCCCUUCCCAUGUCGAAUGUUGUUCGGCGACUCCCUGGCUCAGGUAUGUACCAUACUCUGCUGCAAAAAUAUUUUCUGCUAAAAUAACUAAUUGCUAAGGGUCCUAUGAUUUAUUUUUUGUUUUUGCUGUUAGCUGCUACUGUAACUGUUACUUGGACAGUCAGCAGGUCCAGAACUGAAUACACAGGUUAUUUCCUGCUUUGAUUUUGUGCAGUCAGCUCUGUAAAACAUAAUUGAUUUCAGCUGCAACAAAAACCUGUGGCUUCUUUCUAUUGGGAAAAAUGUGCAAGAUAUUACUGAGUUGUGUGCGCUAGUUUCAUCCAUAUUUAUACUAAAGUGUUUAUUUCUGGUGUUCAGGCAUUACUGUAUGUCUGUUUCAGAUGAUAUUUCAGAUUUUGUCAGUGCAGUUAUAGAAGCACUUAUUCUGGAAAUAGUCUAAAGACAGGACCUGUCAGUGUUGGGAAUGGAGUGUAAAAUGCCCUGGCUGUGUGUGGUGGUAAACACCAGAACACCCUUCUCUGAAUAAAUUCAUUGUUGAAUGUCAAAUGCAAAAUGAUUAAAUGUGGCUGUAACAAGAUUUUAUGUGCUCCAAAAUCAGCCCUGAACACUGCCUGUAUCACAGGAUACUGAUGUCAAAGGAGGUCUAUGGCUGCCAUAUGACCCCACCCUAUAAAGUUCUUCUGAUGUUCAUGACUACUAUGUGGUAAAAUUCCAGAACUAUCAAACUCAGGGUUGUCAAAUAAAAUUACUU